AUGAAGUGUCCCCGGCACCUGCGACCUGACAUGUGCCUUGUUUUGGCUGUGGGCACCUUCACUUUCCUCCUGCUGUCCAGUCUGCGUGAAUCACCAUCCAUCUGUGAGGUUUCUGAGAAGCCGCCAGCCACCCCCAAAGCUCUGUCCUGGCCCACUCCACCCAAUCGCCCUUAUCUGGCUAAGUGCCAGGCCAACACCUCUGUGGCCUCCCACCCGGACUUCGACAAGGAGCCACAGCACAUUCGUAAUUUCCUGCUGUACAAACACUGCCGCAAAUUCCCUCUGCUGCAGGACGUGUCCCUGGAAAAGUGCAAGGAGCCAGUCUUCCUGCUGUUAGCCAUCAAGUCCUCUCCCAGCAACUAUGAGCGCCGGGAACUGGUGCGGCGCACGUGGGGCCAGGAGCGCCAGGUGCACGGCGUGCGGCUGCGCCGCCUCUUCCUAGUAGGCACGGCCUCCAGUCCCCACCAGGCCCUCAAGGUGAACCGGCUGCUGGAGAUGGAGGCACAGGUGCACGGUGACAUCCUGCAGUGGGACUUCCAUGAUUCCUUCUUCAACCUCACACUCAAGCAGGUGCUGUUUCUACAGUGGCAGGAGACAAGGUGCACCAAUGCCAGCUUCGUACUCAACGGGGACGAUGAUGUCUUUGCGAACACAGACAACAUGGUCUCUUACCUGCAGGGCCAUAACCCAGGUCACCACCUCUUUGUGGGCCACCUGAUCCAAAAUGUGGGCCCCAUCCGGGCUCAAUGGAGCAAGUACUAUGUAUCAAAGUUGGUGACUAAAGAGGAGAAAUACCCACCCUACUGUGGGGGUGGGGGCUUCCUACUGUCCCAAUUCACAGCUGCUGCCCUGCGCCGGGCUGCCCGUGUCCUGGACCUCUUUCCCAUUGAUGAUGUCUUCCUGGGUAUGUGUCUAAACCUUGAGGGACUAAAGCCUGCCUCACACAGUGGUAUCCGCACAGCCGGCAUACAGGCCCCCUCUCAACGCCUGUCCUCCUUUGACCCCUGCUUCUAUCGGGAGCUGCUCCUGGUGCACCGCUUCCUACCAUAUGAGAUGCUGCUCAUGUGGGAUGCGCUGAAGCAACCUGACCUCAACUGUACCAAACAGAAACAUGUCUACUGAGGCGGUGUCAGUGUCCCCAA